AGUGGCAGUGAGCCGUCUGAUUGAAGACCGUUUCAUGCGUACACACGAGAACCUCGUCAUUGUAUCUGUCCCGUUACAGUUACAGCUCCCUAAUGAGUGCGCAUGCAGUCUGCGCAACUGUUAUGGACAGGCCUGUCGCUUACGACCAGGCGCAUGACUUGUUCGUCCUGUCACUUGGUAUCAUAAAAAAGGCAUUCUGCGUGAUUUUGUUCCUGGGUUCUACGCUCUCUGAACCAGACACUUUCUUAGACCAAAUGCUGCGAAAUUCAAACUCUGAUGAGCUGCUGAACUCUGUUCUUGGCCGGUUGGAGCAGAACCGCCCGGAUCUCUUGGCUAAACAAGGCGUCACCGAGGAGGAAGAUUGUAACGAACCUGCUGAGGUAAUGGUUUUAACGCAGUUCGAGAUUUGUUCCAAAAUCGGAUUGUCGUGUGUCCAAUUGAACAAAACUAUUCAUUACACGAGAAGACGUUUCUCUAGCGACUGUUGGGAGACCAAAACAAUGGAGAUACCAGCCGGGUGCGAGUGUAUGUACCUGAGUCACAAGGUGACAUAAGCUUUCACGUCUAACAAUUUCUGCAUUCUUCUAGAACCUCUGCCCGGCACGACCAAUAUGGUUUAUUCACAAUAUUUUUGUGUUUUUACCUAAGUUACAUCAAAUAAAGGCU